AUGCUGUCUUCAAGCCCUGCUUCCUGUACAUCUCCCAGCCCUGGCACAGACAACUCAGACAAGAAGGUCCACUGGGCUUCUUCUGAGAAGAGAAGGAGGGCAUCGUCCACAGACUCAGAGUCAAAGACUCACUUGGACAUUUCUAAGUUGCCCAGGUCCCGGAGACCCAGCCGGCUGACGGUGAAGUAUGACCGGGGUCAUCUGCAGCGCUGGCUGGAGAUGGAGCAGUGGGUAGAUGCUCAGGUUCAGGAGCUCUUCCAGACAUCUCAGGGCAAGUCCUACCAAGCAACCAAGGAAGGCAGCAGCCAAAGGGACUCGCUAACUAGGGUCAAGAAGAUCCUUCUGAGCCUGAGAUUGAUCUGGAAGCUCUCAUGGAAUUGUCCACAGAAGAGCAGAGGACUCAGCUGGAGGCCAUUCUCCAAGACUGCCCAGGCAACAGUGAGCCUUUUAUCUCUGAGCUACUCAGUCAACUCAAGAGACUUCGGAGACUCAGCAGGCCUUCAAAAUAAUCCUGGAGGGACCAUCUUCUGCAGCCUCAGCACUGCCAGGAUCCACAGGAUUCUGGCCAGGAUCCACAUCCCUGACCUGGAUACUGGCUGAAAGGCCUUCAAUACAGACAAGAGCUGCAGAAGACAA